AUGCGACCUAGCUGGCUCUUGUAUCUCCUUCCUCUCGCGAGCAGAGGGGGGCUCGCGUUUGUCUUGCCGGCAGCAAGCCCGCUUCAUGUUGCCAGCGGCAGCACGUUGUUGCAGGUGAACGCGCCCUGCUCUUGGAGCCCCCCGAUACCAGCUGAUCCUGCUGAUGCUACGCGUGCUAUCGCACGACCGAGCGUAGCCCACAGGCAACAUUUCUAUGCUCUCAGGAUGAUGGCCAAGAAUACCCCGCCAACCGGUAAAACGAACUAUCGCCGUCCCUCGGCUGCCAUCGAGCGGGGAGGGGGAUUUUUCGUUCCUGGCUUGGAGGGAUUCAAGGCGCGCUUUGUUUUGGGCGUGGUGAUACUGGGUCUCCUGAGCUUAGAAGGCUUUGCGCCGCCGGGGAUGACCAUCUUCCAGCUCGUCAGCAAACUACUAGCGGGGCUUGCGGGAGUGUCGCUGUUCGCCCAAGCGCUCUUGGACCAGCAGAAGGAACGAGCUUUGGAGAUGAGAAGGGAAGCGAUCGCGGCAGCGCCCGCCUCGGCAGGGGGACCGGGGAUGGACACGGCGGCCGGGGAAGGACAGGUGGCGUUCUUCGAUAGCGCGGCGCUGGGGAGCGACCUCGAGGCGAAGGUCAUGUGGGCGGCGGACAUCGCGCUGCAGCUCACGGCAGCCUGCUCCUUCGUGAUGUUCUCGGACGGGGAGGUGCUGGCGAGGGUGGGGGCCACGGGAGGGGAAUCAGACGCCAGCGACACGGUUGCGGCAGCCUUCAAGCAAGCCACGGCAGCGGCGGCAGCAGCAGCAGCAGCACAGACCGGGGAACAGGAAACAGGCUCCCCCUCUGCCGCCGUCGUCAACAGAAGCGCCAACGGUGAUGACAACGAUGCCUUGAUGCAACUGCUGCCCUCCGCCUGCCGGCAGGGUGUCCUGUGCAGGGUGUCCUGCCCUUCCAGUGGCCGCGGUGACGGAGGAGGGGAUUUGGUGGUGCUUCUGGGGUCGACCCUGGCGGGCGCGACCGUGUUGUCGGGGAUGGACGGGGCGUGGUUUGAGCGGGUGUGUGCCUUUCUUGCUCUCGGCCCGGCGGCGGUGGGUACAGGGAAGCGGUAG